AUGGAGCCAUACACCGCAGGUGAUUUUGGCGUGGUAUAUCUUGCAGACAAUAAACCCCUAAAAAUUAUAGGGAAGGGAGAUGUGCAGAUCAAGUCAGCAAAUGGGUCAUGCUGGACCCUAGGGGAUGUGAGGCACAUUCCAGGACUGAAGAGGAAUCUCAUCUCAGUUGGACAGCUGGACAACGACGGCUUCCACACAAUGUUUGGAGAUGGAAAGUGGAAGGUCAGCCGAGGAGCUAUGACUUUGGCAAGAGGGCUGAAGUCAGGAACGCUUUACACGGCGAGUGGAUCCAGCUCAAACAUUCUCCUGGCAGGAGCUGUCUCACAAUCGCACUUGUGGCACAGUCGCUUGGGCCACAUGAGCGAGAAAGGAAUAAAGGUACUAAAGUCGAGAGGACUUUUGCCCGAGUUGGAGUCAGUGGACGUGGGUCUCUGCGAGCAAUGCGUGCUUGGAAAGCAGAAGCGAGUGAGCUUCAUAACCACCGGGAGAGCUCCAAAGACAGAAAAACUGGAGCUCGUGCACACUGACUUAUGGGGGCCAAAACAUCUCUUGGAGGAUCGAUGUACUACAUGA